GUGCAUUCGCUCGACGUAUCCUCUCCCUCACUCCCUCCGUGUAUGCCUGUCUGGCUCUUGAGGCGCACACGUCAAUACAUACUCGAUAAAGCAUUUCGCGGCCUGCCCUGACUCGAAAAGGAUGCACUGGUUAUACAUCUGAACAGAUCUUUACUCAAAAAGUGACUGCAUCAUCUCCUUCAGUCAUCUCAUCCUCACACCAUGGCGGACGAACCAGGCAGUCUUAACUGGCGCCUCAGUGCGCACCCGAUCACGCUCCUCACGUAUCUGGGAUUCAGAAUAGGCUCUCUUCUAAUGUACCUAUUUGGCGUUCUCUUCAUCAACAACUUCGUCCUCGUCUUCAUCUUAACGCUCCUCCUCCUUUCAAUCGACUUUUAUUAUUUGAAGAACAUUGCCGGCCGACGUCUAGUUGGUCUGCGUUGGUGGAAUGAAGUCAACACAUCAACCGGCGAUUCUCACUGGGUCUUUGAAUCCGCCCCGCCGGAGUCCCGUGAGGUCAACAAGACAGAUAAGAGAUUCUUCUGGUUGACCAUGUACGUGGCGCCGGCUCUGUGGAUCGCUCUGGCCAUUUUAGCCAUUGUCAGGCUGCAGAAUCUUAUUUGGUUGGUUACUGUUGUCAUCGCACUCAUCUUAACCCUCACGAACACGGUGGCAUUCUCCCGCUGCGACAAAUUCAGUCAAGCGUCGAAUUUCGCUGGGUCCGCUUUCUUCGGCGGUGGUCUUGCCAGUGGUUUGGCUAGUAAUAUGGUCGGACGGUUCUUCAAGUGAAAUUAGAAAUCUCAGGAUAUAAUUCCUGUGUAAAGUAAAGUACUUUGGGUUUAUGGGGGAGUGAAACGAAUGAAUGGAACGGACCAUGGAUCAUGGGGGUUUCUGAACUUUGGAGGACUGUGUGUGUGACUGGCUGGGCGUUCUUGUUUCAAUCUUAUGGAACAGACAAUCGGAUAUCUUUGGUCUCUUGUUGAUGAGUCAAUGAUGGAUGGGGAUGGAAUGGGGUUCAUGGUGGUGAAUGAGGUUGAUUCUGACACUAUUGAGGCUGCUUGGUAUGCAUGGGUCUAUACAAUAUGCUGGGGAGCGGGUGGCUUGAAUGAGAGUCCUUGCUUCGCCCGGCGUUGAUAGAAAAUGCGUUCUCGGCUUCUUUCCAUCUUAUCGUAUGGCAUUAUAAGUAUCACUUACGUUCGAGGUCAUGGUCAGGGGCUCAGGGAUCAGCUACAGCAAGAAAUGUAGAACACAAUGUAAA